AAAAGCUUAUUAGGUGAGUCCAAAUUGUCUGCUACCUAGCUAAAUUGAAUUCUUCAACUAUCUUACUUUCAUCUAAUUUAGACAUUUUCUAUCAUACUGAAGAACAUCAAUGGUUUCUAUAACUUUUUGAUUCAUUUGACGCAUUUUUACUACAAAAAGAAACUAUGCUUCCGUAUUAGAUCAAAUCUUCGCUGAUCAAAAAAAUAAAAAUAAAACAAAGGUCAAAUUAAUAUUCAGUCAUGUUCUUGAAGGCUUAUCUGUUGCUCUUUCUCCUAAUGAGAGUGGCCGCCUCUGAUAAUAACAAUGGUUAUGGUUUCACCUUCAACGGAAACUUUAAACUAGGCGUUGGCGAAACAGACGUUACACCAGACAGUCUAGUCAACGUUUGCAACACAACUGCUUUCUACUCUUCUCCGCUUGGCUUCAAAAAUCCAUCAACCGGCGUAGAUGUUGUCAACAUCAACAGAUCCACACCUGCAGGUUAUUUUGAGAAUGAAAAUGGGGAAUUCAAGAAGCUCACUAUAGCAAGCGGCGAACCAAUACAGGCUUGGGUAGACUAUGAUAGUGUUAGGAAAAAACUUAAUGUCUCUUUAGCUCCUAUAAACACAAACCAACCCAAUCUCCCACUUUUGUCUAUAGACAUCGAUAUAUCAUCAAUCGUCUCAGAUCAAAUGUAUGUGGGGUUUUAUUCGACCUCACAGUCUAGUAAUAUUCUAGGCUGGAGUUUUCAACUCAGUGGAAAAGCACAACUUGAUCUCUCUAAUCUAGAUUAUUUUUCGAAAGGAAAACAUACCAAAAAGAAGAAAAUAAUUGUCAUAUCAACUGUGUCUGCAGUGGCGGUUGUUUCUGUAUUACUAAUAUUCUUAGUCAUCUUUUUAUGGGUGAAAAGGAAAGCCAAGUUUAGUGAAAUACUUGAAGAUUGGGAAGUUCAGUAUAGAGCUCACAGGUUUUCCUACAAGGACUUAUUCAAAGCUACCAAAGGCUUCAGAGAAAAUGAGCUUCUUGGAAGAGGAGGCUUUGGUCAAGUGUAUGGAGGUGUGUUACCGAAUUCAAAUACCCAAGUCGCAGUGAAAAGAAUAUCUCAAAAAUCAAAACAGGGAAUGAGGGAAUUCAUAGCAGAGAUUGCUACGAUUGGCAGUUUACGACAUCCCAAUUUGGUGAGACUCCUUGGAUAUUGUCGACGAAAGGGUGAGCUCUUUUUGGUCUAUGAUUUCAUGCCUAAUGCAAGUCUUGACAAAUUCCUCUUCUGCAAGUCGGAAAAAGACACUCUUAAUUGGAGUCAGAGAUUCAAAAUCAUUGGCGACGUGGCUUCAGGACUCACCUACUUACACGAGGAGUGGGUGGCAGUAGUUGUUCAUAGAGAUAUCAAGGCAAGCAAUGUACUAUUGGAUGGGAAAUUAAAUGGUAAAUUAGGCGAUUUUGGGCUAGCAAGAUGUUACAAACAUCAUGGUAACGGUCCUCAAACUACAAACAUUGCAGGUACGUUAGGCUACAUUGCGCCAGAGCUAGCAAGAUAUGGUAAGCCAACUACAGGCACCGAUGUUUUUGCAUUCGGAGCAUUUUGCUUGGAGGUUGCUUGUGGUAGGAAGCCAGUGGAACGACGAGCAGAGCCUGGAGAGGUGAUUUUGGUGGAUUGGGUUCUAGAAUGUUCAAAGAAAGGCGAAAUCUUGAAGGCAGCGGAUCCCAAAUUAAAGAACAAAUUUGAAGCAGGGGAGAUGGAACUAGUGUUGAAGCUUGGACUGCUUUGUUCACACCCUGUGGCAGAAUUUAGGCCAAAGAUGUCUCAAGUUUUGAAAUACUUGAAGGGCUAUGACUCACUCCCUGAAGAUUCGGAUACCCUUUGGACACAAGAACAUUGGGUGGAAAUCAACGAUUCUAACAUGUCACUGUCCCAUCAUUUAACUUCUCAGUUACAAGAUUCAGUGGCCUCGUUAACAAUUACCGAAUUGUUCACCUCUAAAGGCCGCUGAUAUGUUACUUGGAACACAUAUCAUUUUGACAUGAGCGUUUGUACCUUAUUUUAAAUAAUUUUUUUUUUUUUUUUUUUCACAAAAUCUUUGUAUGCC